AUGUGCGCCGACGCGCAGAUUGGGAUUCGGGAGCAAUGUGCGCCGACGCGCAGAUUGGGAUUCAGGAGCAAUGUGCGCCGACGCGCAGAUUGGGAUGAGCAAUGUGCGCCGACGCGCAGAUUGGGAUUCGGGAUCAAUGUGCGCCGACGCGCUGAUUGGGAUUCGCGAGCAAUGUGCGCCGACGCGCUGAUUGAGAAGCAAUGUGCGCCGACGCGCAGAUUGGGAUUCGGGAGCAAUGUGCGCCGAGGCGCAGAUUGGGAUUCGGGAGCAAUGUGCGCCGACGCGCAGAUUGGGAUUCGGGAGCAAUGUGCGCCGACGCGCAGAUUGGGAUUCGGGAGCAAUGUGCGCCGACGCGCAGAUUGCGAUUCGGGAGCAAUGUGCGCCGACGCGCAGAUUGCGAUUCGGGAGCAAUGUGCGCCGACGCGCAGAUUGGGAUUCGGGAGCAAUGUGCGCCGACGCGCAGAUUGGGAUGGGGAGCAAUGUGCGCCGACGCGCAGAUUGGGAUUCGGGAGCAAUGUGCGCCGACGCGCUGAUUGGGAUUCGGGAGCAAUGUGCGCCGAUGCGCUGAUUGGGAAGCAAUGUGCGCCGACGCGCAGAUUGGGAUUCGGGAGCAGUGUGCGCCGACGCGCAGAUCGGGAUUCAGAGCAAUGUGCGCCGACCCGCGCAGAUUGGGAUUCGGGAGCAAAUGUGCGCCGACGCGCAGAUUGGGAUUCGGGAGCAAUGUGCGCCGACGCCGCAGAUUGGGAU